GAAGACGGCUGCCCGGUGGGGCGGGAGCCGGGACCGGAGCCGGGAGAAGAGUUCGAGAUCGUGGACCGGAGCCAGGUGCCUAGCCCUGGCGAACUGCGCAGCGCGGCCAAGCCGCGGACCGGGCCGGAGGGCUGGUCGGCGCCCAUCCUGACCCUGGCGCGAAAGGCCACCGGCAACCUGUCGGCGAGUUGCGGGAGCGCGCUGCGCGCGGCCGCGGGGCUGGGCGGCGCGGACAGCGGCACGGACGGGACGGCGCGUGCAGCUUCCAGGUGCCAGAUGAUGGAGGAGCGUGCCAACUUGAUGCACAUGAUGAAACUCAGCGUCAAAGUCUUGCUGCAGUCCGCCCUGAGCCUGGGCCGCAGCCUGGAUGCGGACCAUGCCCCCUUGCAGCAGUUCUUCGUAGUGAUGGAGCACUGCCUCAAACACGGGCUGAAAGUUAAGAAGAGUUUUAUUGGCCAAAAUAAAUCUUUCUUCGGUCCUUUGGAGCUGGUGGAGAAACUUUGCCCAGAAGCAUCGGAUAUAGCCACUAGCGUCAGAAACCUGCCAGAAUUAAAGACGGCUGUGGGAAGAGGCAGAGCCUGGCUGUAUCUUGCGCUCAUGCAGAAGAAACUGGCAGAUUAUCUGAAAGUGCUCAUAGACAAUAAACAUCUCUUAAGUGAGUUCUAUGAGCCCGAAGCAUUAAUGAUGGAGGAAGAAGGGAUGGUGAUUGUCGGUCUGCUGGUGGGACUCAAUGUUCUUGAUGCCAAUCUCUGCUUAAAAGGAGAAGACUUGGAUUCUCAGGUUGGCGUGAUUGAUUUUUCCCUCUACCUUAAGGAUGUGCAGGAGCUUGAUGGCGGCAAAGAGCACGAAAGAAUUACUGAUGUCCUUGAUCAAAAAAAUUACGUGGAAGAACUUAACCGGCACUUAAGCUGCACAGUUGGGGAUCUUCAAAGCAAGAUAGAUGGCUUGGAAAAGACGAAUUCAAAACUUGAAGAAGAGCUUUCAGCUGCGACAGACCGGAUCUGUUCGCUUCAAGAAGAACAGCAACAACUGAGAGAACAAAACGAGUUAAUUCGCGAAAGAAGUGAGAAGAGUGUGGAGAUAACAAAACAAGACACGAAAGUUGAGCUGGAGACUUACAAGCAAACUCGGCAAGGUCUGGAUGAAAUGUAUAGCGAUGUGUGGAAACAGCUAAAAGAAGAGAAGAAAGUCCGUUUGGAACUGGAAAAAGAACUGGAGUUACAGAUUGGAAUGAAGACAGAAAUGGAAAUUGCCAUGAAGCUGCUCGAAAAGGACACCCACGAGAAGCAGGACACCCUGGUCGCCCUCCGCCAGCAGCUGGAAGAAGUCAAAGCGAUUAAUUUACAGAUGUUCCACAAAGUCCAGAGUGCAGAGAGCUGUUUACAGCAGAAGGAUGAAGCCAUCACAUCUUUCGAAGAAAAAAACAACCAAGUUAUGUCCAGCAUGAAACAGAUGGAAGAAAGGUUACAGCUCUCGGAGAGGGCGCGGCGCGGGGCAGAGGAGCGGAGCCACAAGCUGCAGCAGGAGCUGGGCGGCCGGACUUCCGCGCUGCAGCAGCAGCUCUCCCAGCUGCACGAGCAGUGCUCGAGUCUAGAGAAAGAGUUGAAAUCAGAAAAAGAGCAGAGACAGGCUCUUCAGCGAGAAUUACAGCAGGAGAAAGACACUUCUUCUCUACUCCGAGCAGAACUACAGCAAGUGGAAGGAUUAAAAAAGGAGCUGCGGGAGCUCCAGGACGAGAAGGCGGAGUUGCAGAAGGUUUGUGAUGAGCAGGAACAAGCCCUCCAGGAAAUGGGCCUGCACCUCAGCCAGUCAAAGCUCAAGAUGGAAGACAUCAAAGAAGUGAACAAGGCGCUGAAGGGCCAUACCUGGCUGAAGGACGAUGAAGCCACGCACUGUAAGCAGUGUGAAAAGGAGUUCUCCAUCUCCCGGAGGAAGCACCACUGCCGCCACUGUGGUCACAUCUUCUGCAACACGUGCUCCAGCAACGAGCUGGCCCUGCCUUCCUACCCCAGGCCGGUGCGCGUCUGCGACAGCUGCCACACCCUGCUCCUGCAGCGCUGCUCCUCCACCGGCUCCUGAGCGUUGGAGGGGUCCCCGGGAGCUGACGGGGACUGACAGGGGCUGGGCGAGUCUGCUGCCAGAGGGAAUCACAGGAAGGACUCCACUCCUCGCAGGGUCUGCCAGGGAGGCACGCACCUUUCCAGAGCGUCUGGAUCGAAACUCUUCCUUCUCCCUUGGCCGCAUCACCAGCUUUGGCUCCCCCGUAACUUCAGGAUUUUGCUACUGUCAUUUUUCACUUUUCACACAGUUGAGCAGUUUUCCAGCAGUUGCACUAGUGUAGUGAGCACCCCGUGCCCCUCCUCCCCUGCCCACACUGUGCCUUCCCUGCUUCCAAGUCUGGCCAUGUCACACCCUUGUGAGUGCAUCUCAAGAUCUGCAAUAAAAUCCUUUAUUUUUCACUCUG